UUUACCACGCGCUACAUCAACACACGCGAGCCAUCAAACGCCCGUUCCGUCUUCGCGACCGACUUCGACAGCUGGGGCAUGGAUCCCAAGCGCUCAGAGCUCAUUCAGGAUUUCAUCGGCCCCGGGAUCCUCACAUCCGAUGGAGAAGCCUGGCGACAUGCGCGGGCCACGCUCCGCCCAGCAUUCCUGCGUGGCAACGUGGCAGACCGCGACAUGUUCGAGGUCCACGUGGCGAGGUUCCUUGGAGCGAUUCCCACGGAUGGCCAGCCCCUGAAUCUGUUCCCCUUGGUCGACCGCCUUGUCCUGGACGCCAUUUCCGAUUUCCUCUUCGAUCAGAGCUUCAAGAGCCUCGUCCCAGCCGAAGCGAAAACGGGCCAGGAUUUCCUCGACGCGUAUAACUAUGGGCUCUCUGUGGUAUUCAAGCGGUUCAUCCUCGGUCCCAUAUUAGGCAGGCUUGUGCAGUCGUUGGACAGGAGGUACAGGGAGUCGAUGGACUUUGUAAAUGGGUGGACGGGGAUAUUGCUAGACCAAGCGAUUGAUGCGGCCAAUACAACCGACGGGCAAAGAACCAAGUAUGCAUUUGCGGUGGAUUUGGCAGGGCAGACGGCGGACAAGAAGUGGCUUCGUGACCAGUUGAUGCAUACCUUCCUCGGGGGCCGCGAGACGCCGGGUGUGGCGCUGUCUGGGGCGUUGUUUCAUCUCGCGCGGUGUCCCCGGGCAUGGGCCAGGUUGCGCGAGGAGCUGAGGGGUGUCGCACCGGGGCAGUUGAACUUUGAAGGGAUCAAGGGGUGCAAGUAUCUCCAGUGGACCGUGAAAGAAGCCCUCCGCCUUGAUCCCCCUCUUGGGGGAACGACGCGUCACUGCCGCCGUGCAACCUCCCUCCCUGUCGGUGGGGGACCAGAUGGCAAGGACCCGAUUGCAAUCAUGCCAGGCGACGUCGCCCACAUCAGUUUCGCAGCUAUGCACCGCGACCCUGAGAUCUGGGGCCCCGACGCCAACGAGUUCCGGCCAGAGCGGUGGGCGGACAACAAACUGCGGCCUACAUGGGAGUAUCUUCCUUUUAGUGGCGGGCCACGCAUCUGCCCCGCUCAGUCAUUGUCUCUAUAUUGGGUUACAUACGCUAUCGCAAGGAUGAUUAUGAGGUUCGAGAGAUUAGAGAAUGCGGAGAUGGACGAGGACAAGGUACGGCGGAUGGGUUUCCAAGUUGGUGCUAACCACGGACUGAAUGUCGUGCUUGUUCCUGCGGUAUCUUAG